AUGAACAAUUGUGACUCUAUUCUCUUUCCCACAGAUCAUGUAUCCAGAGGCAUCACACAGGGGUGGAAGAUAAGCCAGGAGGAUUUUGUGGAGAAUUAUGACCCAAGUGUCCUUCCAGGUGUGACUUACCUUCUCUAUGAAAUCAAGUGGAACCAUCGCAGAAGGCACUGGCAAAGAUGGAUCUGUAGUGCUGGCGGUGAGCAUGCUGAAACAUACUUCCUGGAAGAUGUCUAUAGAAAGCUAAGAUCUAAUCCUUUUGUCCACUGCUCCAUCACCUGUUACAUAUCCUGGAGUCCCUGUGGGUACUGCUGCCAGGAGAUCAUGGAUUUUCUGGAGGAAAUGCCUAAUGUGAAUCUAGUCAUUUAUGUAGCACGGCUCUACUGGCACAAAGAGGAAACCAAUCGUCAGGGUCUGUGGAACCUGGAGAAUAUUGGAGUGUCCAUCCAAGUCAUGGAUCUCCCAGAUUAUAACUACUGUUGGAAUACAUUUGUUGACGAUGAGGACAAGGAUGAAGAUGAAGAUGAUUAUUGGCCCAGGCACUUUGCUCCAUGGAUAAUGCUAUAUUCUCUCGAACUCCAGUCCAUCCUUCAGAACAUUCCCUCUUGCUUAGAGAUUUCAUCAGAUGAGAACUAUACUCCAGUUUUCAGCCUAUGUGUAGAAGAUGAGGAACAGAAAAGAGCACUCACAUCAGCCAAUCCCUAUUAUACCAAAGGAUCCUGCUGCAGGGAAGGGUCGGGUUGGAGAGAGAGAGGUAAAGCCAUGGCUGCUGGUUGGAACAGAGAUCAUGUAUCCAGAGGCAUCACACAGGGGGGGAAGAUAUUCCAGGAGACAUUUAUAGACACUUAUGACCCAAGUGUCCUUCGAAGGAUGCAAUACAUGCUCUAUGAAAUCAAGUGGAGCAAUAACAAAAAGCCCUGGCAGAGCUGUUGCCAUAGCACUCGAACAGAACAUGCUGAAAUUCAUUUCAUAGAAGAUGUCUUUCAGGAGCAAAGAUCUGAUCCUUCUGCCCACUGCUCCAUCACCUGGUACAUGUCCUGGAGUCCCUGUGGGGACUGCUGCAAGGAAAUUAGGGAUUUCCUGAAGGACCAGCCUAAUGUGAAUCUAGUUAUUUAUGUAGCACGGAUCUACUGGCACAAAGAGGAAACCAAUCGUCAGGGUCUACGGAGCCUGGUGAACAUUGGAGUGACCAUCCGAGUCAUGGACCUCCCAGCUUAUAGCUACUGUUGGAGAACAUUUGUUGAUGAUGAUGACGAGGAUGAAGAUGAUUAUUGGCCCAGGCACUUUGCUCCAUGGAUAAUGCUAUAUUCUCUCGAACUUCAGACCAUCCUUCAGAACAUUCCGUCUUGCUUAGAGAUUUCAACAGAUGAGAACCAGACUCCAGUUUUCAGCCUAUGUGUAGAAGAUGAUCAACAGAAAAGAGCACUCACAUCAGCCAAUCCCUGAUAGCCGCCAGUAUCCUGGCCUGGGCAGCCAGCAAAUCUCUGGAUGCCACAAGUGUAUUGAACCAGGCCAUCAUGGAGAAGGGAUGUUGAUAGGACCCUAGAAUGUUUAAUCAUUCCAGUUUGAUUUAGGUACUCAUAGCCAUUUCCUUCCCAUUGCUUCAGCUUGUAGCAUUUUGAAAAGUGAAUCAUGUUUAAAUAUUUAAUGUGGUAUAGUGACUGGGUCAUGUUAACACCUGUGACUCAGUGUACGGGUUUAUUCCAUCACAGUUAGCACAAGAGUAUCUUGCUUAUUCUGCGUCCAAUGCUGUUUCACAAAAUGAACGUAACACUAUAUGGUUUGCUUUGUGUAAGCAGUUUAUAAGGAACUAAUUCAUUAUUCGAUAACAUAUGUAAAGACCUUACAGAGAAUUUAUUCUCCAGGAUUAUUUUUCUGAAUGAUUUUUCUCUUGAUAGAUUUCUAGGUUUUACUUUCUCUGUCUUUUAUCAACAUAACAUUUGAAUAAAAUAUCUAUAAUCUAAGGAAGCAC